AUACGACUAUAAUGUUUUGAUGGUCACGGGAAACCUGAAAACAAUCUUAGGAAAAGCUCGCCUCGCUGUGGACUUUUGGAAUCGCUCCAUUCGGUAGCCGCCGUUUCGGUGAGAAGUUGCACUACAACAUGAGUUACUCAUUUUAAUUGAGAAUACUCUACUCUGCUGCAAACACCCAAUCAUAUAUGGACAUCCAAUAAAAAUUUAUCCUUUUUCCAAUUUUAAAUGAGAAAUGUGCAUCCAAGUGUAAUAGCGGUGUUCAAUUGGUGAUAGAAUGAGUAGGCCAACUACCCGCAGCAAAAAUAAAAGACACAGGCCUGACAACAGCGAAGGAAAUUUGUGUGAAAUUCUGAGGAAAAUUCAUAGAACAGGUGAGAUUACUGAAUAUGAUCUUCGUCAACUAUAUAUGACCUGGAAGCCCAUUUGUCAAGGUUGCCGUGUAAACUCAAAGGACAACCCAAACUGCUUUUGUGGGUUAAUUCCACCUUCUAAUGGAACUAGAAAAUCGGGUUUAUGGCAGAAGAUGUCAGAUAUUAUUCUUGCUCUUGGUCCAGAUCCAUGCAAGGAUCUUCGUGCUUCCACUGAUUCGCCUGCUGGUUUGACAAAUCUUGGUGCUACGUGCUAUGCUAAUAGCAUUCUUCAAUGCCUCUACAUUAACACAUCAUUCAGAGAAGGCAUUUUCUCCGUUGAACCAAAUCUUUUAAAGCAACAACCUGUCUUAGAUCAACUUGCACGACUAUUUGCACAAUUACAUUCCAGUAAAAUGGCUUUUAUUGAUUCUGCUCCUUUCAUUAAGACCUUGGAGUUGGACAAUGGUGUUCAGCAGGAUAGCCAUGAGUUCCUCACAUUACUUCUGUCUUUGCUUGAACGGUCUUUAAGCCAUUCCAAUGUUUCCAAGGCAAAGACGAUUGUUCAAGAUCUUUUCCGAGGAAGCGUGUCUCAUGUGACUCGGUGCUCGAUCUGUGGAAGUGAUUCUGAAGCAUCGUCAAAGAUGGAAGACUUUUAUGAACUUGAGUUAAAUAUCAAGGGAUUAAAAAAUUUGGAUGCCAGUUUAGAUGAUUACCUUAGUGUGGAAGAAUUACGGGGUGACAAUCAAUAUUUUUGCGAAUCCUGUGGCACAAGAGUUGAUGCUACCCGUUGCAUUAAGCUGCGCACACUACCUGAUGUUCUUAAUUUUCAGCUGAAACGUUGUGUUUUUCUCCCUAAGACCACAACCAAGAAGAAGAUAACAUCUGUAUUUAGUUUUCCUAGAGAACUGGAUAUGGGAAGGAGAUUGUCUGAGCCUUCUCAGUUGAAUCUAGUAUAUGACUUGUCAGCGGUACUGAUUCACAAGGGUACAGCUGUUAAUAGUGGCCAUUAUGUUGCACAUAUUAGGGAUGAGCGUAUAGAUCAGUGGUGGGAAUUUGAUGAUGAGCAUGUCUUAAAAUUAGGUGGUCAUCCAUUUGGAGAAGGAUCCUCAAGUUCAACUGCUAAACCUCUUGGAAUUGAGCCGUUGGUGCCCCUUUCUUGUUAUGGAUCUGUCAAUUCUGCCGUGAAUGGAUAUCAUUCAAGUGAAGAUCUGAUGCAACCAUCAGAUUUGAAUAUUGUUUGUCAAACAGUGACAUUUUCAUCAGCUGAUGCAUACAUGCUGAUGUAUAACCGUAGAAAUAGUAAGAAGGCCGGUGACAAAACUUGCACAAGUUAUAGCACCAAUGAUGUUGAAAUAGAUGGAAAGCUGGUUUCCAAAAGCAAUGAUAACGCUCUUCCCUUGCAUAUUGCUGAAGAGAUAAAUAAAUUAAAUUCAUCAAUUGCUGAUGCCUGCCACCAGUAUAAGCUAAAGAAGGAAAAGGAGAUGGAGAGGAUCACGGAACGGAGACUAGAAGUGAGAUCAAUUCUUUCUGAAGCUGCUGUUAAUUCACUUGAGGAUCCACACUUCUGGAUUUCCUCAGAUUGGCUUCGCCAGUGGGCCGAUAGCAUUACCCCACCUGUCCUUGACAACACCUCCAUUCAGUGCUUGCAUGGUAGAGUUCCAGUCUCAAAGGUUAGCAUCAUGAAGCGAUUGUCAGCUAAUGCUUGGACCAAGUUGCUCUCUAAGUAUGGUGGGGGCCCGGCACUAUCCAAUUGUGACUUCUGUAUUGAUUGCCUCAUGGAUGGAGCGCACACUACAGUUCGUGCUGAGGACUACAGGGAUCGAAGAGCAUCUAUGAAGGAGCUUGCAGAGGCUGCACUUGCUGGAAAGGGUCUAGAUGGAACUCUGUAUUAUGUUUCCAGAACAUGGUUGUUACAGUGGUUACGCAAAAAAAAUGUAAAUUCCCCAUGUGAAGCAGAUGUGGGGCCUACAGCUUCAAUUAGAUGCCCUCAUGGAUCACUGUUGCCGGAACAAGCUGCUGGAGCUAAGCGUCUAUUGGUUCCUGAGAGUGUCUGGCUCUUCUUCUACGAAAGUUCUAAUGCUGUAAAACCUGAUGAUGUAGUGGGUUGUUCAACUUUUCCAGUGGAUUCAGAAACUUGUGCUCAAUGUAGAGUGGAGCUAACAGAGGUGGCAUACUUCGAGGAUAGCCUCAGGGCAUCCAAACUUAAACAGCGUCAGAAUCAUGAGAAGUUAGCUCUCGGGAAGAGUAUUGCACUUUCUCCUGGCUGUAAGUAUUACUUAUUGCCAUCUUCAUGGUUGACAAAGUGGAGAAGUUAUAUCACUGCUAGUGGCAAGAAUAUCUUGUCGUCUGCUGAACCGGAAGGUUUGGAGGGCAUACUUGAUAUGCUUAAAUGUGAGAAGCACUUACGACUGCUGGAAAGGCCUCUUGAGCUUAUCAAUAGACGGGGUGUCAUCACUCAAAGGGCUUCUUCUACAGAUGGUUUAACAAUCAUCACAGCGAGUGACUGGAAAUCCUUCUGUGAGGAGUGGGACUGUCCUGAAGCGAAAGGUAUAUGUGCUGAAAUUGAGUUCACUAACUGUCCGACCAACAAAUUAGUUGGGUCAUGUGAAGAGAUUCCAGUGUUAGAGGAACACAUAAAUCCUCACGAUGAAGUGAUUGAUGAGCUUGAGUCAAGGCCACCAAUUAUCAAGACUUUUCCAGAGAGUUGUGAGUAUUGCAUUGGAGAAAGAGAAAGCUGUGAGUUAAUGCAGAAACUUAAUUACAUCAAUGAGGAUAUAUGUGUAUUUCUUGUACGUGGUAAGGAAGCUCCAAAGUCAAUUAUAGAGGCUUCUGGGACCUUUUCAGAACAAGAUCGCCGCAUGUCCAAACGGUCUCGGAAAACAACUUUUGGCAACUCUCUAAAUUUAAAGGUUUCUGGCUCUACAUCAAUCUACCAGUUGAAAAUGAUGAUAUGGGAGUCCUUAGGGGUUGUCAAGGAGAAUCAGAUACUUCACAAAGGCUCUAGGGUAAUUGAUGGGGAAUCUGCUACUCUGGCUGACAUGAAUAUAUUUCCUGGAGAUGUUCUGUGGGUUACGGAUUCGGAAGUCCAUGAGAAUCGGGACAUCGCUGAUGAGCUGUCAGAACAGAAGAUGGAGGUUCAGCCAGUCGAGGAAGGAUUUCGGGGAACGCUACUGACAUCAAAUAUCACGACUCAGGAAUGGUAAUCUUUUGAAGCAUUGGCCUGAUAGAUGGAGGUAAUA